AUGUACGACUACGAGUGUGAUACCUGUGACAGAGACUUUGCAAGCCAGAGGGCCUGCGAUCGGCAUAUGGACGACACCGACCACUGGAUCUGGGAGUAUGAAUGCGACACUUGUACAGCUCGCUUCUCUACCGAGUGGCUCGCCAACGAGCACAUGGACGACGAGGACCACUGGUCCUAUCCUUACGACUGCGAGACGUGCAGCUACUCCUUCCGCUCGGCAUCCGCCUGUGAUGAGCACAUGGACGACAAGGACCACUGGUCCUAUCCCUAUGACUGCGAGACGUGCAGCCGCUCCUUCCGCUCGGCAUCCGCCCGUGACAAGCACCAGGACCGUGAGGGCCACUACAAACACCUCCACUGCAAGGAUUGCGACAAGUACUUCCGGAGCGAAGACAACCUGCGCCAGCACCGCAACUCGCGCCUUCACCGCGGCGCCACCGUCCCCUGCCCCUUCUGCAAAACCGCCUUCACCACCGCCUCGGGCGUCUCCCACCACCUAGAGACCAGCUCAUGCCCCCGUGCCCGCAAUCUCAGCCGCACCAAAAUCUACGAGGCCAUCAAGCAGCGCGAUCCCGACGGCAUCAUCACGGAGCGUCUGGUCGGAUGGGCGACCGAGCCGGACCGCAACGCCCAGUGGGAUCCCAAGAGCGCGUGGAACGGCCACAGCGGCUACGAGUGCUACGUUUGCCACAAGGUCUUCAGCCGCGCGAGCGGUUUGCGAAGCCACGUCUUCAGUCCCGUCCACCAGGCGCCGCUGUACCACUGCCCGAACAAGCACGGCUCUUGCCGCGGCAAGAAGUUCCCCACCCUGGCCGCCUUGUUCAACCACCUCGAGAGCCAGACGUGCGACUUCAUCCGCUUCGAGGCUGUUGGCCGGAACAUCGGCAACGUCUUCACCAUCAGUAGCAAGAGGCUUAUCGAGUUCUCCUCUUAG